UGGCGGCAGCAAAAAUGGUUGCCAUGCAGCUUGGUUGUGUGGUUAUUUUCUUUUUAGGUCAUCUUCAAAUCAGCAAUGGACAAAGGAACGUUUCAGUGUCAAGUUCAGAUCAAGGCUAUUGUGAGAGUUAUUACAACAUUUACGGUGUAGAGCAGCAGGGUUUCUAUUGCCCACAGGAAUACGACCUGCCAUCUGAAACGUAUUGUUGUGGAGAAGGUUUCCGAUAUUGCUGUGACUAUGAUACUUAUCAAUCAAGCAGCAAAGUCAACUUGGAUUUCAAUUGGAACAAUAACAAUAAUUCAUUGAAUGAUUUGGUCAAUGAUUUCACUGAAAUGGGAAAUGUGAUGGCUACAAGCAUAUUGACUAUCGUGGGUGUAAUAUGUGGCAUAAUUGCUAUUAUUAUUAUAAUUGUCGUGAUCGUGGGAGUAUUGAUCUGCACUGGCGUAUGUUGUCGAACAUCAACCCAUGAUACCACAAUUAUACGUAAUUCAGCUCCACCACCGACGGCAGUUGUAACAUCAUCUCAAAUGUACGCAGCGGGGACGCCUCAGGCUCAAACUAUGGUGUAUCAACAACCACUACCAGCAUAUUAUCCACCACAGCAACAACAUAUGGUUUAUACUUCGUAUUCACAGGCGCCCUCAUCGACUGCUUACACUGUAAAAGUUUAGAUAAGCUGUCAUAUUGCUGCAGUGACAAUCCUUCCCCUGGGAGGCAGGGUUGAUGUGGUGACAACCCUCCUCUCGGGAGGCGGAUUUGAUGUAGUAAAAGACUGUUUUCUAUAUUAAUGAAUGAAAUUAUGUCGUUUAAUGACUGGCCUAUAUAUAUAUGUAUAUAUAUAAUAAGUUGCUGAAAACGCUGAUUUUUUAUUUCAUUUAUCGAUAUGCCGUGUUCUUGACCAUAUUUUCAUAUUAACAUUACUAGCUCUGCUUGCAUUUGAACUUUCUUGUUGACAUAACACAAUAUAGUCCCUGAAUGAGAACUACCAAUGUCUGCGGUAUCGUGGAACUUUACAGAGAUGUGGAUUAUGAACGUUAUAUUUGAUUGUAUAGCAUGAAAUAUUUUUAUUUCCUAUGAAUAAUUCAUGUAAAUGAUAUGGUCCGAUAUAUUACGAGACUUUUGGCAGUUCUGUGUGUGUUCAUACCUCUUUCGUACACAAGGCUUCAUGACGUUGUUGUAUUUACUAUUUCAUAGACAAGUUGUUUAGUGUUUCAAUGUAGUGAUACUGUUCAUGUCGUCAGGUAAUCUAAGAUACUUAUCAGUUGCAUUUUAUUAUUUUUAUUACUUACAAAAUCUCAUUCUGUUCUUGUAAAUCUGUUUUAUGUCUAUUCCAAUGUUUGUAUUUGUGAUCUUUAUUAACGCUUGUGUAGUAUGUAUACCAUAAUGUCCGACUGAGUAGUGUUCGUUCGGAUAUUGGCCAAUAUGAGACCACAAACACGAGUACAUGGUAACUGACAUUGAAUUCCUGGUAGAUCAAAUGACAAGAUGCCAGAGGCGUUACUUUUCGGAACAUAUCAACAUUUGGUAUUUUCUAUAAAUAUGUAUAGCACUGCCCGUGAUCUAAAACCAUGAAGCAAAAUCAUCUAACUCUUUGUUCUCGCAGCGUAUUCUCAUGAUUGUUGGAUUCUCGCGAGAUCACACAGAGAGAUAUGUUUUGUGGGCCUGCAUUGCAUAGUGAGUAUCUUAGCAACUGCGUAUUAUCAGAGUCACCCGCAAAUUAGAAUGCGAUUCUAAUAAUACCCCCAAUAAAAGUACCAGGUUUUUAGAGGUCUGGAUUUGAGUCGAUGAAUCAUGAGUGAAAUUUCAGGUGCAUUAUAAGAUAUAUUGUACAUUAUAAGGUAUAUUGUACAGUAUAAGGUAUAUUGUACAUUAUAAGGUAUAUUGUACAGUAUAAGGUAUAUUGUACAGUAUAAGGUAUAUUGUACAUUAUAAGGUAUAUUGUACAGUAUAAUGUAUAUUGUACAGUAUAAGGUAUAUUGUACAUUAUAAGGUAUAUUGUACAGUAUAAGGUAUAUUGUACAGUAUAAGGUAUAUUGUACAGUAUAAGGUAUAUUGUACAGUAUAAGGUAUAUAUAUAUUGUACAGCACACGUAAUAAUAUAUUGUUAAUUGAACUCGUAUCCUCAGUGGGAUUUUGAUUACAUGACAAUACAGAACGACAGAAAGAUAAAGGAAAAUCUCAACAGAAUAAGAAUUGACACAUUUUCGUAUAUGAUAUCAGUUAUCAAUUUACAGAUUUCUCUGAUUAGCUUAUUAUUUUAGUUUGUUGGUAAGAUAAUCAUUUUGUCUGAUAAUUUUGCAUACUUGGCUCAUUAAAUAAAUCCAGCCUUUAUUUUUAUUGUUUGCAUCUGAUAAGAAAAUGCUCCUCGUCUUCUAAUGAGUUUGUAUUGCAUAUAGGACAUGUUCUAUUUCGGUGUGUAUGUUAGAAUAUGUCAUAUAUGCAAAUUAAUUAGCAGUAUGUGAGUUUUGGCGCCCUCUCCUGUCUCGCAGGGGAGCACCGCUAUAAUUACAGUUAAGAGUUCUAUAAUCGUCAAUCUUGCUCCAUUCUGCAUGAUAUGGAUGUGUAGCUAACUCAUAUCUUCAAUGUCGCCAGUUGGGGAUGAUUUCAAGGGUUGACUUAUAUUGCCACGAGAGGGCGAUAUCCAGGCAAAACUACAAUAAUACACGUGUGGAUGGAAAGGGUUCACACGAACACGAACGCACAGCUACACGACUGAAUGUCAAAUAAUUCAAAUCUACAGUUAGUUGUGUAUUAUUACAGUUGUAAGUUUAACACAUCGUCAUGGUAACAUCAAAUGUGUCAUUGAAAUGUUUUACUUAAUAUAUGUCUUUUUAAAUGGGUUUUAAAAUUAAGAUUGAUAUUACUCGUUUGUUUUCCUGACAAUAAAUACGUCUGUCUAUCAGCUCGUUUCGUACUUCUGUGCUGGUGUUGAAAUCCAGAGCCUGUACAUCAAAUGUAUGUCAACCCAAGCCGUUAAAUAAAAUGUAUACUUAAAUUUAAA